UAGUAAAGUGUUUGUUUAUGGUUUUGAUAUCCUUGCGGUGUAUUCAAAAAAAUUACAAAAUGCUUCAUUAGAUGGAGUGAAAUAUAUUCAUCUUUUGAGAUAAUAAAUUAAUACAAAUUCUGAGGAAAUUUUUAUGACUAUGCUGUGACAUACUUAUUUAAAAUCGAUAAAUAAUUUCACUCCAAACGUGUUGGGAUUAUUAAUGGAGAUAUAGAAUAUAUUUUAUCUCGAAUACUUUAGUCAUAUGUUAAUAAAAACAUAUUUCUAUAAUUUGGAUUAAUUCGCAUUGUGUCUAAUUUAAUUUUUGGUUUCAGGUAUUAAUUGCACAAUGUAUUUUUUAAAUGGAGAAUUAUCAGUUAAUCAAACAGAUAGGGCAAGGUCAUUCAAGUGAAGUUUGGUUAGUUAAGUGUUCAAAAACAAGAAAGAAAUAUGUUUUAAAAAGAAUUGAUCUUCGACACGCAUGCAAACGAGAACAAAGAGCUGCUUAUUUGGAGGCAAGACUUCUGUCUACUCUUAAGCACCCUAAUAUUGUGACAUAUUUAGAUUCUUUUCAUGACAGCAAUGCAAGUCUCUACAUUGUCAUGGGCUAUUGUGAGCAUGGUGACCUUUACACAUGCAUAAAGAACAGGAAUGGUGUAUAUUAUGAAGAAAAACAGAUUAUUCAUUGGUUCGUUCAAAUUUGUAUGGCAUUAAAGUAUCUGCAUGACAAAAAUGUACUGCAUAGAGAUUUGAAGACGCAAAAUAUUUUCCUCACAAGAAAUGAGCUAAUUAAAAUUGGAGAUCUUGGCAUUGCAAGAGUGUUAAAUUCAACCCAUGAAAUGGCUACAACUUUGAUAGGAACACCUUAUUACAUGAGCCCUGAGAUCUUUGCUGGCAAGCCUUAUAAUCAAAAAUCAGAUGUAUGGGCUUUAGGCUGCUGCAUGUAUGAAAUUGCUACUUUAAAACAAGCAUUUAAUGCUCAGGAUAUCCAUACACUAAUUCAGAAAAUAAUGAAAGGAAAAGUUUCCGUCAUGCCAGAUAUUUAUUCUCCUGAAUUUCUGACAAUAAUUUCAUCAAUGCUCACACAUGAACCACAGAAAAGACCAAGUAUCACAGAAUUGCUUUUGAAUGAUUAUAUUAGAAAAUUCAUUUUAUUGUUCCUUCAGGACUCUUCUGAGAGGUCGUCAUCUUCGCAUGGGAGCGAAACUCAAAAUAAACCUCAUGUAUCUGUACAAAGGUCAAAAUCAAACUGCAGUUUGCCUCCAUUCAUUAACAAGAAAGUUCAGCAUGUCAAUAAAAAGAAAACCACAGAACACGAGUCAGAGUGUAGUUUACCUCCAUUCUGUAAUAAAGCAAAGCAGUUUGUUCACAAAGAGAAAAUUACAGAAAAUGAACUCAAAAUAGAAGCAGUAAUUACUAUACCAGAUAUAAAUGGAAAUGGUGAUGGUAAUGAUAACAGUCAGCAUAGGGCAGUUAAAGAUUUAAAGUGCCUUUCAAUAGUACAGAAAAACAAAUGUUCUGAAUAUAAGGCUCCAGAUGAUCUCAAAGAUAAUCAGUCUAAGGAAAAUAUAUCAGAAACUAUUACUGCUGUAGUAAAUCAUAACAAGAAAUGUAAAGAAGAUGCAAGUUCCAUUGCUACAGGCUCUCAGAGUUCAACUCCACGAUCUAUUAAAUAUACAACUAGAGGACAGAGUCCCAGUGCAGAUAAAAUAAAAGGAGAAAAAUCAUAUCAAUUUCUGAACAAUCUUACUUACACAAUAGCCAGCACAAGAUUCAAGCCAUGGGAAAAUUUCAGCAACACAUACAUGUUAUCUAGAGGUACAGCUUUAAAAACUAAACAGUUUACCAAUGUUUACCCACCUAAAUCAGCUGAUGAGUUGCUAUCAUAUGGAAAAAAUACAAACUCUAAGUCCCACAAUAAAAGGUCUGUAGCUAGUGCCAGAGGAAAUCAUGAACACACUCCCCCUUCACAUGAAAGCACUGUAUGUACUUUACCACAGAUUAAAAACAGUGAGACUAGAAACCAAGCUACUAAGUGCAUUUCUAAUGAAAUAAAUUUGCCAAUUCUUCAGAAUAAAAGAAUUUUAUAUUUUGAAGAUAAUGGUGCACGUAGUUUUGAAGUGCAGCUGAGUAAAGACUCAUUUGAUCGUAAAAUAGAUAAAACAUUAUUAUGUAGCAUAAUGGAAUGCAACAGUGGGCCAGAAAAGAUGGUCCAAACAGGCUCAGGAGAUGACAAGAAUAAAAUUCUGAACUUAGAACAUCAAACAAUGAAAGUUCAGUGUUCUGAGAUACAUAAAAAGGAAAAUCUGAUAGUUCCAGAAGCCUAAAAAUAUUGCCUUAAGUGCUUAUUUAAACUCAAACAUUUUUUAUUCAUACUUUUUUUAUUAGCUAAUGUAAAUCUCUUUCAUUAACUUAAUACUGGCUUAAUAUCAAAUCUCAUUUUAAAAAAGUUGAAAGCUAGUCAUAUCUUAAAUAUUAUUUAGUUGUGCAAUAUAAAUAGACAUUAAAUGAUUUCUGCUAAUUUCAGAUAUCUUUUCAGGAACAUAUUUAUGAAUGUGUAUGUGUGUGUGUGAUAUAUAUAUAUAUAUAUAUAUAGUAAUGAUAUAUACAAGUAGAUGGAAAGACUUUUUUAUUUGUACAAAAUGGAGUUGAUAAGGCAAUGUAGUUACUAGAUGAAUGAUAUGUCUAAAAUUAUUAAAAACUACAUAUAUGUACAAUGUAUUAUCUGAGGAAAGGUAUCUGAGGUAAUCUUAUUUGUAUAGAAGACUGAAUGCUGUUCAGGAUUACUGGAUGUUUCCACAAAAUGCCAACAAUUAUCGCUGAUGUUACAAUUGCUAUAGCUGUAUGCAUUUUUCUUCCUUUGGUUUUCAGAGGCACAGUUUCAACUAUUAAAUCAGCUGGGAUGUAUUGCACUUUAUCUUGUACCUAUAUGGAGUAUUUUUUAUAUUCAGUGACAUGUUUAAACUAUUAAUCAAUAACAGUCAAAACCAUUAAAAAUCCAACUAGAAAUAUUACAGCAUGAAUAUAAAUAUUUCAUAAAUAUACUUUUAAGACCUGUGAUACUGAGAAUACUGUUUUUACCUUUACAAUGCAACAGAACUGUUUUGACUUAAAAAUUAAUAAAUGAUAAAAUGUGUUCUAUACUUUAUUAAUAUAUUUCAAAUUAAAUUGCACUUUCCAUUUUAAAUCAUUUACUUAUUUUACAAUGGUAUGCAAAAUCAAAGGAUAGCUGUAAAAAAUUACAUUAUUUGUGAUCACUGUCCCUUUACUUAUCAUUACUUUUAUAUAUAUAUGCUUCCCUGCAAUGAAUUAUGUAAGCAGGAAUUAAAAACACCUGUAAUGUUUUAUAAAUAUCAGUGUACACAGCACAUAGAGAACAUUGCAUGUGAUUAUGUAAAGGUUUGGUUUAACUUACUUGAUUAUGGCAAAGCAUGCUAGGGCUAUCUACCUAAAGAGAGGGAUACCUUCAUGGAGCAUUUUCCAAGGGAAAUUGGCUCCUAGCUGUGUUAUACAUAAAGGGAACCAUGAAAACACUCAUGCAGCCAGCACAUUCACCUGGAACUGAACCCAGGUCAAAAUACCAGAACCAGUGUUUAGUGUACCACUCGGCCUUUGGUUGCCUGAUUACAUAAAGGAACAUUCUGUUUUUGCAUCAAGUUUAAGAAAGACAUACUAUGUUACUUACAUUGCAAAGGAAAGAUUUGUAGGUAAACAAAUAUGUACAUGCCUGUUAUGUCCUGUGUAAAUUACAACCACCCACUGUUUUAAAAAAUAGAUCUGAGUUCCCUCUGAAGAAGAAAUGAAUGGUAAACACAUUUAGUAGACUUAAACUGUAGAAAAUUUAUUACUCUAAUUUAACAUUUAAAAAUAUUCAUCCACUGGGAAGAGUGAGUGAGUGGGUGCACUGCUAUGAUGCAGACCUUAAAAAAUCUUAUUUGGGAAACAUGGCUGUUUGUCUGGCUUUGGCUGGUUACAGAUAAUUCUACUAAAAUUAAUCUUAGAAGCUCCGUUGUAAUAUGCAAAGUAAUGCAACUCUUUAUUACGAUUCCUUUUUAUAAAAUCAAACAACUGCCAUGAAAACUGGGUCACCACAGACAUUCUGAUGUUUUGUGUUUGCUUCAGAUGGGUUAAGAAUCAGAAUUUAAACUGAAAAAUGAAAAGAAUUGUGAUUCAAUCAUUUGGACUCCAGUAGUGAUACGACCUUAAAUGCUUCCUGCUGGGGAAUGAAGGUAAAAAAGUUUUGAUAGCCUUGCAUAAAGGCCAUUUUCUCACAGAUAAAGCAAGCAAUAAUCAUAUUCAUCUUUGUGACAGUAGCUACAAUAGGAUGAAAUAAGGGUUACCUCACAAUUGCUUACCAAAUAGACAAAAGUCUUCAGAUGUAGUAGUAGCCCUUGGACAAUCAGGACCAUUUGAAUGAAUAACAUUCCUAAUGACCUCUCCCUUCAUAUACCUAAGAUGACAAAAGUCUCAAAAUGUUUGACUGUGAUUAAUCAGCUCUGUGUCUACCAAUCCAAUUGCUAUUUCUGAAUCAAUACAGACUGCAUGUUGUUACAUAAGACAGUGGUCUUAACCUGAAAUUGCAUGUGGGCCAAAAAAGCAUGAUUUGAAAGCAGUUGGCAGGUCAUCUUAGUUAUAUUUUUAAUGUUUUAAUGAAAUAAAUAUUUUUUACGUAAAUUUUUAAUUAUAUUAAAUAUUUAUCUAAACAUAAAUAUGAUGAUAAUAAUAAUGCAAAGGAAAAAAAUUCUAAUUUAUAUUCUGUCUAAAAUUUAAAGUUAGUUAUACUUUGGAAUACAAACAAAUUGACAGUUAAAUAUUAAAUUUUCAGACUGACAUUUAUUUCAAAUAAUUCUAGUAUAUUGAAUUAAACACUUUUAGCUUAACUUACUUACUUUUAACCUAAACUAAAAAUAAACAAAUCACAAAAUAUUUUUAGUGGGUCAAAAUAUGAGAAUAAAUAAUGAGUUUCCAUAGUUAUCCUUUAAUUUUAUACACCAGUGUAUACAAGUAUUUCGUUUUCUUUAGUUUUGAGAGUUUAGUUUGAAAGUCAAUUCAGUAUGUAUUUGUUCUUUGUGCCUUGAAAUGCAUAAGUUAUAAUUUAUGCUGAAUGUAAAGUUUUCUCCAUUAUUGUGUAUAUAAAGUAUUGUAAUUGAU